UCCAGGAUCAUGACCUGAGCCGAAGGCAGUCGCUUAACCAACUGAGCCACCCAAGCACCCAUAUUUGUACUUUCUAAAUGAAAAUGACACUAGAGAAUUCAUUGCUGGCACACAGGAAAUAUUCAGUAGAUAUUUGUUGAAUUAAUAUAUUUUAAUCAACCUGUGCCCACCAGAAACUUUAGCAACUUCCUGAUAUGUAGGUAUUUAGUGUAAUAAUUAUACAGUACUGUCUUUAGAGUUCUUGAUUUGAGAUUAGAGAGAGUUGGGAGAGUUUUCUUAAGGAAGAAAUGGGACCUCUACGGAUGAACGAUAUCUCCAAGGUCUUUUUAGGAGAUUUUCUAAAAAUCCAAAAAUGUUUUAAUCCUCAGGUUAAGAGUCUGAUACCAUUUUUACUUCCUGGGAAAACAGGAAGGAAGAGAAUUUGUCAUCUUGCUACUGUCCUCAUCCCGUAGUCUCACACUGACAAAUAUUUGUUCUCAGUUUUCUCUCAGUUACUGGACAGCCAAGUGCCCAGUCACUCUGGUGCCAAAUCUUGGAAUUGUUCUUGGUCAGUCUUUUACACAGUCCUCGUAUCCAAGCAACCACUGUAUCCUGCUUAUAUCUCCCAAGUCUGGAAGCCAUGUCCACCACUGUUGCUUUAGUCCACAUCCUAGUUUAUUUCCUAGACCAUUUUCCUACUUUCCCAGUCUUCCAUUUGCCUGCCCCAUGAGGCCAUCUUCCACCUUUCUUCUGGAUGGUCUUUGCAAAGAACAACUGGCAGCUCUGUUAUCUCAGAAUAUCUGAGCCCCUUAGAAGGCAUCUAAAGCUCCUCCACAUGCACAAAAAAUAAAAAUAAAUAAAUAAAUAGAGCUCUUCCAGGGCCCAUACCUACAUCAUCCCUCUCAGCUGCCUUCCCUGCGUUGCACACUUCCAUAGUGUUAAUUCCUGUGACUCUGUAUCAUUGCUGACCUCAAUUUUGGUGACUUUUGCACAGCCUCUUCCUGUGGCCUCGAUUGCCUGCCUGCCUUCUGCUUGCCCGGAAAGCUCCCAUGAGUCGCUUAGGAAUAUGUUCAUGCAACACCUGCUUUGAAGCUGUCUCUGACCUCACAUGUUUUUUAUUUCAGUAUUUUGACACCUUCAUUUUACUUAUGUUCCAUUGUAGUGGCUAGUUUCCAAAUCUUUCUCUUCCCACUGAACUGUCAGCUCUGUCAAAGCAGGGGCCCUGUGAUAUUUAUUCAUUGUUCUAUCCACAGUCCCUAGCACUUCAAAUUUGCUCAGUAAAUAUUUGUUGAGCUCAACUAAAAUACCCAAGUCAGACACUUCUCCAUGCCUGCUUGCAGGUUGUGACUUUAGGUCCACAGUUGCCAGCAGAAGGGAGGUAUGGAGAGGAUAUGAGUGUGUCCAUGAAGUGUUUGCCAGGUACAAGCAUUCCGAAUCUUUCCUCAAGAUACAGAUUGUGUGGUUAUAUUAAGCAGAGGGUUCCUUAGGAAAAAGUAAUACUUUGUACAAAACAAAACCCUUGUGUUAAAAAUGAGCUGUUGAAAUGUUGCAUCACAGUUUAACAAAGUGCUUUCAGAUAUGUUGAUGUCCACAUCACCAGGAGGAGGAAAAUGCUUGCAUCUGUAGAAGCAGAACCAUGUCAACUGGAAUAUCUCUGAAAUAAGGAAAGCAGAAGCUGAAUACGGAUGCUGGUGUAGCAGGAGAGCUUUUGAGUUUAGCAGUCCCAGUGUGGAAGCACUACCUGAGCUCACAGCUUUCCUUGGCUCCAGAUGAUAAAGAACUGGAAUGUGGUGCUCAUUCUCAGUGUGCUGAAACUUAACUUGUGAUUUCACAAGGACAUGGCAUGAGGCCAAAUCAGAUCCUCAGAACAACAGUAGAGAAAACAAGUGGUUGUACUUGCCCAAAGUCACGCUGCUAGGAAGUGACAUGUGAAAUUUAAAUUCCCAUGUCCUUUCUCACUUUUCCUUCAGAUUUCUCUUUAUCGGUCAUACCUCUGCUCCAUGAUUCCUCUUUAGUUGUGUUUAUUAUAUAGAUUUGACUGCAUAGGGCUGCAAUCUUGCCCGGCUUGUGAGGAUGGGAGGAGCUCAUUUUAAGAUUUUAUUUUUAAGUAAUUUCUACACUCAACAUGAGGCUUGAACUCAAAACCCUUAAAUCAAGAGUCCUGUGCUGUACCAACUGAGCCAGCCAGGCAAGCCUGGGAGCUCAUUUUAAAUCAAAGAGCUUUUUUGCCCUCAGACUUUCCAGUGUUGAGUGUGAAAAAUAAGUUGGUUUCACAUUUUCAUUUCACCUUUCUGCCUACUUAAUGCAGAAGUCUAGCUUUGACUCCAGGUGGCUUCAGUUUCACUCCCCUUUAGCUACUGGCCACUGCAGGGCUAAGGUCACUUUAGUUUUGUGGAAUGUUUUUGGUGUCCACUCUUCCCCUGCCUGUCUCCCCACCCAUUUCCCACCUCAGUGAUAGAAGCUCAGCCCAAAUUGUGUUAAGUCCCAGACUAAUGUUUCUAGUAAAUUGCUCUACUUAGGGUACCCCACUCUAGAGUUAGUUCCUACACAGAAGAGCCUGCUGAUUUGGAUUCUUUGAAGCUUAAAAGUUAGGUAAAAAAUGAUUAGGCCUAGGCUCUUUGGCCUGUGAGAUGUUAGGGCUUGGUGGGGGUGGGGUGCAUUGGACAGGACGAACUUGCUAUCUGACUCCAAAGAAGUGCUGAGAAUGUGACUCUUGGUAAAAAGCAAGGUGAGCUCAACAUUACUGUUUCUUGUCAUGUCAGCUGACAGUUCUACGAAGGGUCCUCUUUUAGCUGAACAGGGUUAAUAAUGGCCUUAGUCUGGAGCAUCUACACUCCUAAUUUCAGCCUCCUAAAGGGACUUCAUUGUGUUAACCAGCCAGUCUGGAAGUUUAAGCAGAUAACUUCUCUGCUGCAUCUCAUUCAUUUUUUUUUUUAAGGGCUUGCUGAGGGCUCCUUAUGAAUUGUACAGUAGGGAUAUGGUAAGCAGACCACCGUAUUUCCUACAGCGUGCACAUCCAUAAGAAUGCCUGGAAGUGGAUCAGGUACCCUGCUACCCAUGCUUUCAUCCCAGGAACACACUGUCAAAAGGAGCCUGUAUGUGCAAGUAUUCCCUGUGCGAGUCUCAGCAAGAUCUGAAGUUUUGCAGCAGUGGGGACGAGGGCCUUGAGGGCUGGCAAGGUCCCUUGAAGCCAAUGCAGAGGACUGGAGCUGGAAUUUGCGGAGCGUGACAGAACAAACAUUUACUGAACUUUUUUAAAGAUGUUGGAACGUCUUAGUAAUUACACACAUUAAGCCCAUUAAUCUUUAUGAUAACCUUUGAAAUUCGGUACCAUUAUUUAUUUAUGUUCUCUAAAUCAGGAAACAGGCACAGAGAAAUUACUUGCCCAAGUUUACACGCUGAUAAUCUGGGACUUAAGCUGAAAACAGAGCUCUUCUGUUCUCAGGGGCAGUUGUCGAACAAAACCUAAAGCAGAGGGUGUUGAGGUUCCUGUGAAGAAACCAGCUUUCUGGCACGUGAGAAUGUAAGGAAGGUUAAGCCAGCUUUGUGAAACCUUUGGGAAGACCUCCAAAAGGCAGUGACGUGGAAGAGUUUUUAGAAAGAUCAGUGUGGCCAGGUUGCAGAAUGAGUAGUGAGAGCGACUUGUAGUCUGCCAGGAGUCUCCAGUUCGGUUUCCUUACUCUGGGAAGGAGCGCGGUGAGGUGGGUUUGCGGGCUGUUUCUGCAGCAGCGUCUGCGGCGUCGGGCUGAACCCCCAGCUCUGGGCGGGGAAGGAAGCACCGAGAUGAAGCCGCUCCCGCCUUCCUAGAGAGGAGACCAUAGUGUUCCGCCCGCGGCGCGAGCUGCUGACGUCACGCCGGCUCGGCGGGGACUGGCUCCGAGCAGCCCGGGGUCUCCGACGCCCGAGUGCCGCUCUGUGUGGCGGAAGGCCUGCGGGCAGCGCUCUGUGUGUCGAGGCGCCGUGCUAGAGUGCGACAGUCUGGUCUCGCAGCCCGGUUUGGUCUCGGAGCCCGGGCUGGCCUGCGGCUGCUCCUCUUCCCGGCGCGCGAGAAUCUUUGGAGCGAGGGGUCGGAGCCACCUGGCCCUGAAGAGGGAAGGGAGAAGCUUGUUGGAGAACCCUGUUCUGGGAGUCGGGAGACCUGGGUUCCGUUUGUAUGUACUUAAGGGAGGAAGUGAACUUCUGAUUGCUUCAGUUGUCAGAUUUCCAGAAGCCAAUGCUAUUCCUUGCUUUGCCACUUGACAAAGUUGCGCGGGUUGAAUGACUAUAUGUGACAGUUAUCAACUUCCUUUAAGCUCUUGUCUAAUAGCAACAGAACAGAUUUCUGCCCUUCCUCAAAAGAAGGCCCCAGGAGACAAACUAGUGUCGCUUGUGUUCCUCACAGCUUAUCUCUGGGUCACUGUGAUCUAUCUCAAUUAUUGAGAAGAGGAUAAAGUAAAGAUUCCACAAUGCAGGUCCCCCGUUUUGCACAGAGGACAUUUUCCUUCGUGAUAUUUUUUUCAAACAAGAAGAUGAAGUCUGAUGCAAGUGUUAAGUGACUUUUGGAAGACAUGCAGGGUCAGAAAACCUGGUUGUCCAGGGUUUGUAUUUGGAGAAGGAAACAUCCUGAAGAAGGAAGAGAGGUAUCCUGUAGGAAUGCCUGAAGGGACAAUACAUGCACACAUAAACACCCAGAGCUUUCCCAGGACAGUGUUACUGUAACCAUAGCCAUCUUUGAGAAAGUUCCUUGUGUCAUGAAUUUGAGAGACAGUUUCCUCUAAACCUGCACCUACUGGACAGACAUCCCUUGUGUCACAAGCAGCAUGAGUUCUAGCCAGAUUUCACUGCAAAUGAACCCUCAGAGACUUAACAUGCAGAAGAAACUUUCAAAGUGUAGUGAAUGUGGAAAAUUCUUUACUCAGAGAUCAUCUCUUACCCAGCAUCAGAGGAUUCACACGGGAGAGAAGCCCUAUGUGUGUAGUGAAUGUGGAACUUGUUUCCGUAAACAGUCAAAUCUCACUCAACAUUUGAGGAUUCACACAGGAGAGAAACCGUAUAAAUGUAAUGAAUGUGAGAAAGCCUUUCAAACGAAAGCAAUCCUUGUCCAGCAUCUGAGAAUUCAUACUGGAGAGAAACCCUAUAAAUGCACAGAAUGUGGCAAAGCCUUUUGUCAGAGUCCAUCCCUUAUCAAACACCUGCGAAUUCAUACUGGAGAGAAACCCUAUAAAUGCACCGAAUGUGGCAAAGCCUUUAGUCAAAGCAUUUGCCUUACCCGUCACCAGAGAAGUCACUCUGGAGAUAAACCUUAUAAGUGUAAUGAAUGUGGGAAAGCCUUUAACCAGAGUGCAUGCCUCAUGCAGCAUCAGAGAAUUCAUUCAGGAGAGAAGCCUUAUGCAUGCGCGGAAUGCGGUAAAGCCUUCACUCAGAACUCCUCCCUUGUUGAACAUGAGAGAACUCACACUGGAGAGAAACUUUACAAGUGUAGCGAGUGUGAAAAAACUUUCCGCAAACAGGCACACCUUAGUGAACAUUACAGAAUUCAUACCGGAGAAAAACCUUACGAAUGUGCUGAAUGUGGGAAAUCCUUCAGGCACAGCUCGGCGCUUGUUCGACAUCAGAGGCUUCAUGCUGGAGAAUAAAACCUGGCGUAUAACCAGUGCGGAAAGAGUCUAUGAAAAUGCCAUUCCUACCCGCCCCCAAAUUCUUAGGACUUUAAGGCUCAGUCUUCAGCGAGGAUGAACGUUCUGUACGUUGAACAAGACACAAGCUGUCCUGAAAGUUAAGAAAGUAGACUCAGAACUAGACAGUCUUGAGUUUGAUGACUUCUUUGCCACUUAAUGGGUGUAAGACUGGAUCCUUCUGAGCCUGUUUUUCCCAUCCUCCUCAGAAGAAUAAUGAGGAUACUUACUAGGGUUGUCUUGAGAAUAAAAUGAGUUGUAUGUAAUAAAUAACUACCAUUCAUUGGUUUUGAGCCAUAGAUGUUCCCAAGGUAUAUAAAUCUGGCUACUGAAAACAAGCAAAGUACAGCAUUAGUUUUUGGUUCUUAAUGUGUUUAUUAAGAACUUUUUUUUUUUUUUAAAGAUUUUAUUUAUUU